AUGGUAAAGGUAGCAAUCGCCGGAGCGGCAGGUGAACUUGGCCGGGAGAUAUUGGACGGAAUAGUCGAGCGCCAGAAACAUGAAAUUAUUGCACUGGUUCGCAGGGAUCCCUCACUUUUGCCUCCGCUGCAAGGGGUCACGUGGACUCAGACUUCAUAUGAAUCUGAGUCUGAGCUUGUCCAACUGCUAAAAGGAGUGGACACCUUACUUUGCGUUUUUGCCGUGCAUCGUGACCCUGGCAAUGCUACUCAAAAGAUGCUCAUUGAUGCUGCAAUCAAAGCAGGGGUGAGGCGUUAUGCACCUGCUGAGUGGGCAACAAGCAUGAAGCUAGACGCUCAUCUCAGUCUCACACCGUGGAACGCAGGCAAAGUGGAGAUUCGACAUUAUUUACAGCAGCUGAACAAGGAGAAAAAGGUUGGCAUAUUGAUGGAUUAUUUGGGUCACCCUCACCGGAUCUCCAAGUAUCUAACGACAAUGCCUAUGACCGUGGACAUUGAGAAAUGCCGUGCUCUCGUGCUUUCAGGCUCACUGACUGAUAAAAUCACAUUUACGGCUGCCCGCGACAUCGGAAAAGUUGUAGCCCGCGCUAUUGAGUAUGAAGGCGAAUGGCCACUUGUUGGGGGUGUUAGCGGGAAUCAAAUCAGUUUCGAAGAUCUCAUUCGAGUUGGGGAGAGAGUCCGUGGGACUCGCUUCACAAUUGAAAGCUUGGAACAGAAAGAUCUUGAAGCUGGGGAACUCAAAACCGACAACUUCUUCCGAGUACCUUUUCCUGACAUUCCAGAAGACCAGGUCGAGUCCUUCUCACAGCUGGCGACAAUUUCCGUAAUGCUUGGUGCUAAACAUGGUCUUUGGACAGUCACGGACGAGUGGAAUGAGAUUCUGCCGGAUCAUGAAUUUACGCAAGUGGAGGAUUUUCUCAGGGAGAUAUGGGGAUCUCGCGGUUGA